AAGGCUUAGGAAAAGUCACGAACAAGCGUUAAUGUCACAAACUAAGGCAGUUAGAGCGUAAAUCAUAUUUAAGUAGAGUAGCUGAGCAAUUAAAAAUUGAGACAACAAUGUUUUCAUAUGUUGCUUACAUUAUAAUAAUAGUUUUGAGACGAACAGCUGCACAACAUGAUGUCAAAGGUAAAGGUCAUACAAUUAUUUAUUGUGCUCUUUUAAUUACAUAUAUUUAAUAUUGAAUAUUUUAAAUAUAUAUAUAUAUAUAUAUAUAUAUAUAUAUAUAUAUAUGUAUGUAUGUAUAUGCAUAUAUUCAUUUAUGGCCUCGGUGGUAUGAUGGGCCAUUGUCUACAUUUGCAAACAUGUUUUGGCUUACUUUAGGGCGUACAUAUUUAUCCAUCACUAACUUUUCUUCAUCUAUGAAGAAAUUAUUUCCAACUUGCUGUAUAAAAAAGUGGUGGAUUUGUCUAAAAUCUUCACUGAAAAUAAUGACUGCUCUUCCAAAUGGAUUUUAGAUGAAACGUUUGGAUCUUUUGCUAAGAGGUCUUCAUACAUUGUGUCAAAUGCAUUCUUUUGCAUACGUUAAGUUCAUUGAAGCUUCAUCCCAGAUUAUCUCUUUAGCCUUUUCCAUUUCAUUUUCCGUUUUAGUCUUUUAUCCAACCUUACAUGUUAGUGUUUCAUUUAUUGGAAUAGGCAGCUUAAAACAACUGUGGGAAGUUCUGCCUUCCCCUAUACAAGUUGUUCCUAUUCCUACAAAUGCACAUUGACAGUCUAAUAUAUUUUCGAUACCCACAUAGUAAAGGAAGUUUUAAAGUGCUUCUUUGAUCUUGUUAAAAAGCCACUGUUUACCCUUUGAACAUGUAUUUUCGCCUCUUAAAUCGUUUUUUUUUUUCCAUAAUAGUCAUGAUUGCACCUUGGAAUUUGUUGGUAAAAAUCUGCCAAUGGCUUUCUGUAUGUUAGAAAGACAUAUUCUAUGUCUUUAAGUUUCAGAUUCAGAGCUUUUCUCCUUCAGGAAAUAGUCUCUUUGCGUCUUGCACAAAGAUUGUUUUUAUUUCUGUCACGCAGUGCUGCUACAUUCCCGACGUCUUACACAUAACACAAAUAAACUCAAACAAUUGCCGAGACAUCAUUUUUGACUUGGUGGCUUUCAUUUAAAGUUACAUGUCUGAUCUCCAAGUUAAUUUUUAACAUUUCCCAUCAAAUAGCAGCGUCAUGUUCUGUGGAAAUAGUAAGGAACUGAAUAAUUGCAUUGUCACGCCCUUUGUAAACGCAUUUGAAGAUGUAUUUAACGCGUUGAAGUGAGCUAAACUCUCUACGUUAUUGUUUGUGUGUGUGUGUGUUGUAUUUCAGACAACAGUGUGGAUUUAUGGCACCAAAAGUGUGUAAUUCAUUUUGUUUUCCCCAAGUUCCACAAAGUUUUCAUCAUCUCGGAAUUGGUAUUUUGGGUGACCAUUGACAUUGAUGCUGGACUCGGAAAAGAAAUAUUUUGGGAAUACUUUUGUUCAUUCGCAGGUUUCCAUACACGAUGCUUUUGGAUUUUAUGAACAAAAAUGUGUGCAAAAUUUUACAGCCCACAAACACAAAGACAAACUUACAUGACAAUUUGCAGCGCGGAUACUCAAAACUGCUGCGCGGCGUCUGUGAGAUAAGGGAAGCCACAUUUGAGCACGUUUAUCAGGGAUUUCCUUAUUUCGCUCCACCUAGGAUUACACGGGAAUUUUACAAAAAUUGUCAGGAUAGCCAUAUUUCCUGACAAUGGUAAUAGCAUCUUGGAAGAAACAUAGACUCCCAAUGACAGUUGAAGGCAAUACAACAUGCUUUACAGGCAAUGUGUUAACGUCUUCAAAAUGGUGCUUAUUCACAAAACGGUGAAUGACAUCGUAGACUUCAGUUAUUAUUGUGUUUUGAGUUUUUCCAAACCAAGUACGACGGUUUGCCUCAGUCUUGCAAUAAGCAUCAACCCAGAAUUGUUUAAUUGGCUUUCCGGUGUUAAGGAGCAGGUUACAAUUUCCAUUAUAAAAGACAAAAUGAUAUGAAUACUAUUGAAGCUGGGAAACAUUUGUUUGACCAAACGCCUUAUUUAGAUUUUUGAUCCACACUGAAUUCCGAUAUGGGAAAAGCAAAGAUUAGCACAAUGGAUCACAAUGUUUUUAUGUUUUCUCAAUAAGUUUUAUAAUAAACAAUAUGUAAACAUUUUAUUUUAUUUCUUAGUUGUUUUUUUUUUUAGAGAAGAUAAGAGAUGUUUCUUUGUACCUCAUUAGAUUAUGAUGUUAAACAACAUUUCAAAAUGUGUAGAAAUAUUUAUCUAUUGAUUUCAUUUUAGAUCCCAUCAAGAUCGAAUCCUUCACAAUCAAUGGCGUCGAGCUGAUCACUGAUGAUGUACCACGAUCGACCUUCAGUGUUGCCAUCAAUUCUACAGUAACAUUUGUGUGCACCGCGACUGGCUUCACGCAGGACGCAACGGUGGGCAUAUCGAAAUGGGGCGGUAAAAAACUCAACCAGACUCUGGGAGACCGUGUACUGUCUUACACCAUUGACCAGUUGCAGUGUUAUCAUAUGGACAUUUACUCUUGCCAUGUGAGGUCUUAUGGUGUUGUACACAGCAGCCUGGACCUAAAUGUGAAAAACUGUGAGUAAACGACAUUGUUAUUGAUGGUUGAUUGCAAAUACUAGAAUUAUCAUUUGUUAUCUCUUAAUGUGUUUUCAUCAUUAAAUCCAUUGCAAUGUUACGUUCUCUUUUUUUAAUUUUUUUUAAUAUUACCACUAAGGUAAAAAAAAAAAAUUUAAAUGCUAUAAAAUGUAAAAAAAGAAUUAAAUUGAAAAAAAAAAAAAAAAUAGUAAAAAAAUUCAAUGUAAGUAUAUUUUGAACUUAAUCUUUAAAAUUAAAUGUUUUUUCAUCAUUAAAUCCAUUGCAAUGUUACGUUCUUUUUUUUUAAUUUUUUUUAAAAUUACCACUAAAGUAAAAAAAAAAAAUUUAAAUGCUAUAAAAUGUAAAAAAAGAAUUAAAUUGAAAAAAAAAAAAAGAAAUAGUAAAAAGAUUCAAUGUGAGUAUAUUUUGAACUUAAUCUUUAAAAUUAAAUACCUCAAGCCAGCUUUUCCCGCAAUAUAUAAUAAAUAAUACUUCAAAAACAAAAUACUUUGAUCAAAUUGGGAAUCGACCUAAUUACUUUCUGCACGUUUAAAGUUUUAAAACCUCUUUUGUUACAUCUUAAGGAUUUUAAAAAUAAUUUUUUUAAAAAAUAAAAUGAAACAUUUAACUAAAAAAUAAAAAAAAUAAAAAUAUUACAGAAAACUUUUGAAAGCUGUGUUUAUUUUUAACGUUAACUAUUCUAAACAAUAAAAUAAAUGAUUUUUAAAAAAAAGUAAUAAUACUAAAUUACAUCAUUUUAACCUUGCACACAGAAAAAAACCUACAUUAGGUGUUUAAUAUGUUUUCAUACGUUUAAUAUGCCAAUAUGUGUAUUCUAUGUGAAGGCGGACCCCGGUUAUGUCGUCAGCGAGCAGGUCAAGUAACACAGGUGGUACAGCUUGGCCAAAGUGCAGUGUUCUCUUUGUGCGUCAUUUCCCAUGCCAACAGAAGUCCGACACUUGUUGUCAAUGGUUCAAAGGUCAACAAGGGGAUACACAAAGACAAUAUCAAGUUUAAUCUCUACCCCAUAGCGAAUUCGUCUCUCUUUCAUGACCUGACAUUUGAGGUAAAAGUUCUCAACAAAACGCACUACGGUGUCUAUCAUCUCAGCUUGGGACAUGGAUCAGAAGAAAGACUUAACAUUCAAUUGAAAAUACAAGCAGAGGGUAGGUCCACAUCACUUCAUUUGUUAAAAAUAUCAAGGUAAAUUGAUUGAUUGUAGGAUGUUUAUUUUCUGUUACCAGGUUUAAAAAUGAAAUGUAUGCACUUGAAUACAAAGACAUACAGAAACAUACAACACAAUACAAGCAUAUUUAUUCAAACUGCACAUAUACUUAGCUAAAUUACAAUAAAACCAUUAGUGAAGACGAAAAGAACUUUUAUACUUCAUGACCGGGGGCCUAGCUUGAAAUGGUGAAAAGUCUUAGUCACCCCCACCCCCCUUUUCCGAUCACUCUUUUCCAAGAAAAGAAAGAAAUCACUUUGUCAUAAAAUACUCCACUUAAGUAUAAAGAAAGUUUGGAUCACACUAUCAUCCCCCCAUUAGCUACGUCACUGUUCUUGGUGUGUCUUAAAAAGUAUUACCUUAAAGAAAUUUAUUAAAAAAAAAAAAAAUAGGAUAUGGAAAUACUUAAACCUCUUGAGUGGAGUAGUAAUUGUACUAUACAUUUCAUGAACUAAACAGUAAGUAUAUGUGAAAUAGCUUUGCGUUUACACCUGCUAAAUGAUUGACAAUGUUAUUCUUGCCAGUAAAUUCAACAUCCGUAAAGUUCAAGAGCAACAUAACGGGCAAUGGAGAUGCUCUCAUAACUUGUGUCGCUGAGAAUCGUCCUAAAUAUGUGGCCAUUUGGAAGGGCAACCAAGAGACAGUCAAGAAAUAUGGGGAUGGAAACACCACAGUGUUGAGCACAAGUCAUCUUGUGCAGUCUUCAAAAUGCGGAAACAUGGGGAAUUACCGGUGUGUCGUCACUGAUUAUUCAGGCGAGGAAAUCCAGAGUGUGCUGAAUGUUCAAGUGGAAAAAUGUAAGCUGAUAAUUUCCCUUUAAAAGAACACAUUCUUGUUCCUUUGUUUUGGAUUUUAAAAAAAAAUGAUAUAGGUAUAUUAAAUAUUUAAAGCAAACCUAAAAUGUUAAGAAAUAAGAAACCGUGAUUAUUUAUUCAAUCAAAGUAUAAUUUACAAAACUAAAUAUUAUAACUAUUGGUGUUUUAUUAAAAUAUCUAAGAAAAUGACCGACUUGAAAAAGAAGUUACUUUUUAAAUAAAAAAAAUUUGCCACACAGACAAUUUUUACAAAUAAAAAUGUGUAAAAUAUUAUUUUGCUCUUUCAUAUAAAUUUAAUAAUUCCCUCCAUAUGUAUAUAUAAUAAUAGUGUGUGUAUAAAACCAAUGUAUUAGCAUUAUUGAAAAGUUCCAAAAGUCUAUAUUUUUUUUUUUAAAUACUGUUGUAGUACUUGUAUUAUCAAGUUUUAAAUUUAAUUUCAAGUAUAAUUAAACAUACUUAACUUAGCUAUACUCCAUUGACAUUUGUAGGUAAAUUUUCCCUAUGCCAAGGCGAGUCCUAUCGUAAAGCUAUCUACACUAAACUGGGAGACGACGUUUGGACUAGCAUGUGCUUACGAAGAACAGAUGGUUUUCAGAAAGUUACGAAGAUAAAUGGUGCCUCGUACCUCGUUAACGACGCAUCGGAAAGCAAGAAAUACGGCGUGUGGAUUUUUCCGAUCACGGAAAUUUCCAAGAAUUCUUACGAGCAGUUUAAUCUGAUGAUUUAUAUUCGAAACAUCACUGAAACCGAUUGCCGCAAUCACACCAUAACACUGAAUUCGCUGACCUAUCAGGAACUGGCUAUCAAUUUGGAAAUAAUCGAAUACAAACGUAAGUCGUUUUUAUUUCAAGUAACAAUUACUUAUUUUUUUCAUUUUCAUAUUACUAUAUUAAUGAAGUAGUUGCUAAAUGCAUGCGAUCAUUAUGUAAAUGAAAAACAAAUGACUAAAUUUAAUUAAUAAAUGAAAACGAAAAUGUUUAGGCUACAUAAAAUAUACAGUACGUAUCUUCUGUGUAUACAAAAUAUAGCUUUAAUAAAUAAAAGAUAGUAUCACCUUUAUAAAAAAAAAAUCAGGAAUGUAACUCUACACUUUGUAACGAUGAUUGGGGGGGGGGGGGGGGGGGGGGGGGCUAAACAUCCUCAAAGAUAGCGUGACGUAAUUUGUGUUUGACUCCAGCCUCAGGCAUCUUUACUGUACUAACAAUUGUGUUUACAUUUUGUAUUUCACUCUUAAUGCAUGUAAUUUUGUUUUUUCUGGUAUUCACUUCGGCAUAUUGUUUAGACACAUUUAAGAAUUUAAAAAAAAAAAAAAAAAACUAUAAAUAAUUUUUAAAGACAAAUUCAAACUAAUUGGGCUUUUCAUGGUAAAAAAAAACAACAACUAAAUAAACCUUUUUUAAGGGAACUUGCUAUUUAGGUUUUAUAGACUGUAAAAAAACAAUAAUCAAAUAUAAAUUUAAAUCAAGUUAUAUUAUUUUAACAGUUCUUUUUUUUAUGUUUCAUUUUUUUCUUUCUUUAUUUAGCGAUACUCAAAGAUACAUUGGUGAAUUUCAAGAGCAGAUUAACUUUAGCCGUGACUCUGCCUAUAGUUAUCACUGUUUUAGUCGCUCUCAUCUUGGGUUCAGUCUACGGUGCGCGUCAGCUUCUGAAAGGUGAAUAUACAAUUACACUGAUGGCUACUAGUUUUAUUAUUAGGUUUUCAUUUAUGCUAUCUAUACAGUUAUGACAUUUCCCAUCUGAAACGAAAUGCCUCUUAAGAAAUUAAGGUGCAUAUUUCUGAUAAGUCAACGUUAACUUGUAAAGCAUGAACUUGUCUUUAUCUUGUGACUUUUUCCUUUAGAGACUUAUAUUGUAAUAGGAAAGUCUCAGUUAUGUUUCAAAACAUUUAUGAUUGUAACGUACAAUAACUUAUACUCACGUGCAUUAAUUAACACUAUAAAGCACGGGGUACUUAAACUAAGGACCGCGGGCCAGGUCCGGUCCUCCGGGGGUCCUAAACCCGACCCGCCUACCCGCCUUAAUUGUACCCGGCCAGCAAGCAAAAAAUAUGGAGCGAGGCAUUGAUCAUAUCAUUAACCUUGCUUCCCUUUUUUAUGCUAAUAGCUUGAAUAUAGUUGGUCUACAUUUUAAAUACAUUACGUUUUUUUUUUCAAUUUGCCUAUUUGCUUUCACUACAAAUGAAAUACGUGCGCUGGAAAUAGAGUUCGUUCGUUUUUUAACAUCAAAAUUUGACGACACAGAAUAUUUCAACAACAAAAUCGAGAGUUGAUUUUUCUUUGUUCUCUCUAGGAAGACGCAUUUGUGCUCAAGUUAGGAGUUCCAAAUUACUCACUAGGUGAUCACUUUUUUUUAAAAAUAUAAUUUAAAAAAAAAGAACAUGGAAAAGAAUAUAUUAUUUAUGUGUAUAAGAGGUUAUUGUUGCAAUAUUAGAAUAGAAUACUAUGUGAACUCGAAAGGCGGUUGUCUGUGGGGCAGCUGACUGUAUUCUCAAACCUACAUUUUGAUGUCUACCCUACAUCACGUGACCACUCACUCUGGUUUUCCUACCAAUAUUAACAUUGUUAUUAAGCUUGGACAGUUGUGAAAAUAAAAAAAAACCUGACCGACUCCAAGUCAAUCAUUAUUCGGGUCACAGUUGUUCGCUAAGAUGACGUUAGUAGGCGUACACAUCACAAUAACAACACUGGUCAGUGAAGAGUCAUUCUAACUGUCAUAAUCUUUACUUAGCUAACGUAAGUAGUGACAGUGUAUGAAGUUUUGUUGAUGCUUGUUCAAAUAAAAAAAAAAAAAAAGAAAGAAAAAAUUAAAAUAACAAAAAUUAAAAAUUAGAAUUUUUUCAAAUGUAUAUAUUUACGAAUAUUUAAAUUUUAAAAUACAAAUAAUUUUAAGUUUUGUUGAUUCUUUUUAAAAAAAAAAAAAAAAAAAAAGAAAGAAAAAAUUAAAAUAACAAAAAUUAAAAAUUAGAAUUUUUUCAAAUGUAUAUAUUUACGAAUAUUUAAAUUUUAAAAUACAAAUAAUUUAGAGAAAAUAAACCAAGGAUCAGAAACCAUUUUUUUCCCCCGUUUUUAUUUUAAAAUGUAGAUAUUCUCAAAUGUGUAAACAUUUUGUUUCCAAUAAAAUGGUGUUAUUGUUUUUUUUUUCUACAGAACUUUCAAGAGAAAGGAUACAACUGAUAGUGGUAUAAUAUGUGUAUAAUUAUAUGUAUAUAAUUAGCUAAAACAAAUGCAACAACAAAGAGAAAUCACUAUGCAAAAUAAUUAUGUUCUUUUACGACAAUAAAUAUAUUGUGUGCACUAUUAAAAAUGUAAACAAUAAUUACAACUAGGGAAUGCUUCAUAUGAAUAUUUGAUUGAAUUUCUUUUUUUUUUUUUUUUGUUAAUAUAAUUUUUUUUUCGCUUAAUGGAUUAAUUUUUCUAAUUAAUGUUUUUUUUCCAAACAGUUCUCAACUGGGACAGGGUCAAGAGAAACACAACAUCUAAUGGUGGAAAUCUAAUAGAGAACGUUACCUACCAGCCCGAGUCAAUCCUGAGCGUCUUGAGCGGCCAGGAGAUGUACGAGAUGGCCAGGUCACAGUUCAGGAACACGUCCAUGGACAUGGACGACGAAACGAUGCCGCUGGUGGACACGGGCGACCUGCAACACGGCACAGGUCGACUUGACUACAUAAGCAGCCCCGAGGAUACGGAUGGCGCAUAUACGGCGUUGAAUGACUCGGGAGAGAUUACACAUCCCACUGUUGAGGUGGACCAUUUCGACGGUCAUUGCUAUGUUAACGACAGUGGCGUUUGUGGACGAGAUGUAGAGUUUCGUGAAAAGAGGGAGCGAUUGGAUAGUGAUGACUCGAUGGUCAGCUUGAGGCACAAGUCAAUGUUUGUUCCUGAAACGGAGGCACUUUUGAAUCCACAACGCAAAUCUAUGUCCGUUCUUGAGAGGAGAAAAUUUAGGUUUUAAAGGUGGACAUACAAAAGGAAAAACAACUCCAAAAAAAAAAAGUGAAAGACACAGUUGUGUCACUAAGCUUGAGACACACAGUUUUAAUCGACAUGAUUGCUUGCUUAUAUUUCUACUUCGUGAACUACGUGAACAAAUUUAUUUUUAAAAAUACAAUGAAUAAGAUAUUUAAUUUGUGUGUGUCAGUGGCCAUCCAUUGCAUUAAAAUAUUGCAAUGUAAUAUCUAAAUUCUACAUUAUACAAAAAUGAAAUUAAUAAAUACAGUAUAAUUUUUCACAUCUUUUGUAUGCAAUCUCAAUGUCACACACAUAUGUCCCCUCUUACACAUGCGCACUCACACGCAAAGAAAGACACUCGCACGCUUUAAGUUCUGAACUAAGGGCUUCUUCUUAUUAUUACUCGCUCCGGGGCAAUUAAAUCUCUAUAUCUAAUCGCAAUAGUUCAUCAGAAAAUAGCUUCAUGGUUAUUCAAAUCAAAUAAAUUAUUAGACGAACAAAUUAAACAAAAAUAACGAUUUUAUUCCAGGGCUUGCAAUGUUCUUUUAAUGAUUGUUUAAAACUGUUACCGACACAACUUUCACGUUGAUAUUAUUUCUCGAUAAAUAAAACAUAAUCAGAAUAUGGAAAUGUCGUGAGAGUUAUACAAUCCACUGCUAAAAGCUUAAUGAUCUAUCUUGACAUCAGUAGCUUUUUCUGACACGGGUAGGUCUUACGAAAUUAUGCAACAAAUUCAAUCUUUCGGUUGGUCACAAUGCAGUGUCUCCUUGACGUGAAGAAUGUGUGGGUAUUAAAGUAUUGUCAUUACUAAAUUCCCCCCCCCCACACACACCCCUCCUCCGGUGAGGCAGUUCCUUGACGUGAAGAAUGUGUGGGUAUUAAAGUAUUGUCAUUACUAAAUUCCCCCCCCCCCCCACACACACCCCUGCUCCGGUGAGGCAGUUCCUGGGAAUGCCAGUUCCUGGCUGAGCCUAUCGCAGGAAAACCUUGACAGCAUGCAUUUAACGUCUCUUGUUUCUCUUAGUCCCUACUUUUUGGAUUCCCAUAUUCGCCAGCCGUCACGUUAAUCAGCGGUACCCUUCUAUUCGCUAAGCUAGAGGUUCUUGACCCCAAUAUUAUUAUUGGGAGACUGUUUAUUGCAAAUGUUGAUGUCAAAUGUGUAUCACCCACUCUACCGAGUCUCCGUAAAGCAAGUCUUUGUGAAUAUUUCCGUUCACCAAUCUAUUUCCAUUUCCUAACCGGCGACUACGACGCUCUUGCUACUAAUCGAAAACAUGUAAACAAUUUUGUUAAGCAGGAUUUCUUUCAGAUAUAUCUCCCGG